AUGAGUAGCCCAUCCGACUGCGCCGAUCCCGUCAAGUGGCGCUAUGAUCCCGUCGAUAACCAUACCGACUGGCCAUACCACGCGCAUGCUUCCUUGGCGAUCCCGAUUGAUGCCGAAGAGCUGUUAUUCAAGGCCGAGGGCUCGCGCGCUCACGGCACCUUCGAAGUGUCGCAGUCGACCGAUACCGGCACGAAGGCUGUCGUCGACAUCGAUGUUGUGUACAGGAGCGAGGACGCCCUCGACGAAGCGAAGGUGUGUCACCUUAGCCCGUCCGAAAACAAGCACGGUCUCGGGAUUUUCACCGAGCGCUGGAACCACCCGGAGCCUCACCGCCAGCUCCGCUUCCACGUCCAUGUACAUCUCCCGGCUACAGAGAAGGGCGAUCCGCGCACGAUCAACGCAUUCAAUACCCACCUGCCGCUGUUCGCGCACCACCUCUCCAAGCUAGCGGACACGGUCGUCUUCAAGUCUAUCAGCCUCGCGACGUCGAAUUCCGCGCUCCGGGCCGAUUCGCUGAGGGCCGAGAUCGGCAAGCUCAGGUCCUCGAACGGGAAGAUUGAAGGCACCUUCAACACCUCGAAGUCCCUCGAGCUUCGCACGAGCAAUGCGCCGAUUCACGUUACCGCCAACCUGAUCAACUCCAACAAGGACGCCGGCACCGUGCUCACUGCAGACACCAGCAACGGCGCGAUUCAGGCUCACGUCGGACUAUUCGUUCGCUCCGUCGACGGUGCGUUCCGCGUCAACACGCGCACGACCAACGCCGUCGCGCGCGUCACCGUCACAGACGCGCCCGCGAACUCGCUCCUGAACGCGUCCGCGGUGUCGUCGAACGCCCCGGUGAGCUUCGAGGCACACGCCGCGUUCGAGGGCACGUUUGAGCUGUACUCGGCCCGGUUCUCGCCGCCGACGGUCAAGCAGCCGCACCCUGUCGAGGACCCGCUGGGCAAGGGCCGCAAUCGCACGGUGCAGGUGAACCCGAUCGGCCGUGGCGCCAUCCGUGGCGAGGUCGACUGGGAGCCGAAGCACGAGAAGGCGAAGAGUGGGCAUAUCAGGCUGAAGACGUCGAAUGCGGGCGCGUCGCUGGUCCUUUGA